AAGAACAUCUGAUAAAACUCUGUCUCUCUCAACAGAGAUUUCUUUCCCUCUAAGAAAAAAUAAUAAUUUCUUUUUCUUUUUUUAUUUGUGGGUUUAUAAGCUUCAAGUUUCAGACAAGGAUUAUAGGGAGAGAAUUGUAUGUGUGCCUUAAAAGUGGCAAAUCAGGAAGAUAACGUUGGUAAAAAAGCCGAGCCUACCACUCGUGAAGAUGAUGAUCACCGGACGUUAUCUGACAUCGAUCAAUGGCUUUACUCAUUUUCGGCGGAAGAUGACCACCUCCACCGUCAUAACUCCCUCACGCCUCCUUCCUCGUCUCUUAGUAUUAGCAGAGAGAAAGAGAUGUCUGCAAUCGUCUCUGCUUUGACACAUGUCGUCGCUGGAAAUGUUCCUACUCGUCAAUACGGUGGAGAAGGGACGUCGAAUUCUUCUUCUUCCCCCGGCCAGAAAAGGAGGAGAGAGGUGGAGGAAGGUGGCGGCGGUGGCAAAGACGUUAAGGCAGCUAAUACUUUGACCGUUGAUCAAUAUUUCUCAGGCGGUAGUUCUAGUUUCAAAGUGGGAGAAGCUUCGAGCCACAUGUCAGGUUUAGUCCCAACAUAUGAAUACACAACAACGCCAAAUGUCAAUACAGAAACGUUGUUGUUAAGUGGGGACGGACCUCAAAGAAGAUACAGAGGAGUGAGACAAAGACCGUGGGGAAAAUGGACGGCUGAGAUUCGAGAUCCUUUCAAAGCGGCUAGAGUUUGGCUCGGUACAUUUGACAAUGCUGAAUCAGCUGCAAGAGCUUAUGACGAAGCUGCUCUUCGGUUUAGAGGCAACAAAGCCAAACUAAACUUCCCUGAAAACGUUAAACUAGUUCGACCAGCUUCAACCGCCCCAACACUAUCUGUACAGCAAACAACUGUUCAGAGACCAACACAGUUAAGAAACUCGGGUUCUACAAGUACCCUUUUGCCCGUAAGACAUGCUUCGGAUCAAAACGUUCAUUCUCAGCUGUUGAUGCAAUCUUACAACUUCAGUCACUUGGAGUUGGCUCAUCACCAACAACAAUUUCAGCAUCAACAGCAAUCUUUAUAUGAUCAAGUGUCAUUUCCAUUGCGUUUUGGUCACACCGGAGGCUCAACGAUGCAACCUACAUCAACUUCUUCGUCUCGUUCUACUUCUAUGUUUUCUCCGGCAGCAGUUCAACCAAAGCUAGAAUCAGCUAGCGAAACCGAUCGUCUACAGGAUCUACAAUCAUUAGGCAAGGCUAGUAAUAAUAAUAACAACUAUAAUAAUAGCCCAUCCUCUUAAUCGAAUGGUUCAUUUCUUGUUUUUCUUUUACUAUAGUGUUUUGUUACAGAGAAGAGAAAAAUUAUUAUAGUAUUUAGAAUUUUGUAUUGUUUUUCUUCCUUUUUAUGUGGUUAUCAUAAUUUUGUAUAAUAAUUCCUUGUAAGAAAAAAAUUACUUCAUAUGUUUCAUAAAAAAAAUGUUAACUUUAAUUAUUUUUUU